AUACUUGGCAGCCCUAGUGCUACUGGACAAGAAUGGGCAAGUGGUGCUGCAAUAAUGGCGUCAAUUAUUGAAUCCAUGCUGCUAAAGACCAAUAAAGGAUGGAGACCAAAGAGGACAAUUAUUUUCUGCUCAUGGGGUGGCAACCCAUUUGGAAACAUUGGCUCAUACAAAUGGGGCAAGGAAUUUGAAAAAAUUCUUCAGAACAAUGCUGUGGCUUAUAUUGACAUUCAAAAUCCAUAUUUUGGAAAUACCAGUCUUCGUUCCAUUGCUUCUCCAUCUCUCCAGCAACUGACAGCUGAGGCUAUAAAAAAGAUGCAAAGAAUUUGUACCGAGGGUAAAACAUGCCACAAAUCCAAUGUCAGCUCUGUUCAUAUGCAAAGGGAUGCUGAUUUCUUCAUCAACUAUCUUGGGAUUGCAGCUGCGCAGUUUGUUUUUGAUGACUUCAAAUCAUCUGAGGCUAUAAACUUCAUAUCAGAAGCUUUCUUCAUUAACAAAACAAAAAAUGUCCAAGAACAGAAUCACUCAUUUCAUCUUCAUCGUUAUGUUGCAAAGUUAACCACAGAGAUUGUGCUGCAGAUUUCAACUCAACCCAUUUUGCCUUUUAAUGCACUGGAUGUAGCAUUAGAAAUUCAGAAGCGCAUUGAAGGGGAUGGGUCCUCUGAUAGUAUCUUGAUGGAACAGUCAAGGAGUUUGAGAGAAACUGCACAGUUGUUCCAGUCUAACGAGAUGCGUCCAGCCAAUAAUCCCAGAGAGAGAAAUCCUCUGAGAGUGAGAAUGUUAAAUGAUAUUCUACAAAAUCUAGAGAAAAAUUUCCUAAUCCAAAACCACCCGGCUGGAUUUCCAAGAAACAUUUUAUACAGGCUGGAUGAAAGGACGACCCGGUUUUCACUACUUCAAGAAGCACAAGAACAUUGCAAGAUUUCUAAGUCAAAUGAAACACUUCUAUCAGCAUUGCAAGAGGUGUUGAACUGUAUUACCUCAGCUACGUUAUACUUGAAAGAAAGUCUUCAUGUGUUUCAGGAUGGUUUGGAAGAAAGUGACUUGUAGAUGAUCUGUGUUUUGUAGCCACAUUGUAUCUUCUGUUUUACAUACAACAAUUUUAAGAGGCAACAUUAUUAAAUAUUUAUAAAAUGUUGGAUUUUAAUUAAAGAUACAAUAAAGUCAAAAUGAAAGAAUUGUAUUUAUAUAACUAGGUGUAAAGUACAACAGAAUAAACAGGAGACUUGUUUUCUAUAUUAUCAGAAGCCACAAUGGGCUAUGGUGCAGACUCUUAUAUAGUUUUAUAAAUAAAUAUGCAUAAGAGAUAAAGAGAUAGGCACCUGAAAAUACAAGUGCCCAAAAAACAAGGAGAUUCAGCACUCUUAAUAAAAAAUAAAAAUGGAUUUAAACAUAAAAAUGAACAAAAUUUACUGGUAAAAACUGGUGCAACAGAUUGGCAUCAAGACCAUGCUUUACAAAAUAGGAUACAUAAAUAUUAUAUAAAAAACAAUACCAUGAAAAUAGACACCAUCUAAAAGAAACACAUGGAGCAUAGUAGUAGCCAGACCUCUAUGUAAAUACUGGAGGUAAUCGUAUUGCGAUACUACUGUUAAAUACAAUUUAGAGAGGUCUGGGUAAUACUAUGCUCCAUGUGUCUCUAUUAGUUGGUGUCUUUUUUCAUGGUUUUUGUUUAUAUAUUCUAUUUUUUAAAGACUGGUCUUGAUGCCAUGCUGUUGUACCAACAUAUUACAUUGACGUCUAUGGGGACUGUGUUUUUACUUGAAAUAUAUAUGUAUAUGCUUAUCACUCAUAGUCCAGCCUUAAAUGUUGUACUUAUUCAUUGUUGUGUUUUUAAAGCAUUCAUUUUUAACAGAAAAAUGUUUAUUCUUAUAGUAAUAUGGUCCUAAAAAAUGAAUCUAAAAGUUAUAAAGAUUCAUUUUUUACUACAUUGUUUUAAAUACAAGUUAUUGGGAAAAUAAAUGAUUUUGCCCCUACAAUAAUGCUGCUUCUCAAAAUCAUACAAUCUAUUUUCAAAUGAGACAAUUUAUUGACUUACCAUAUAGAGUACAUAAAAAAUACACAAUUUGGUAAUUUGCACAACAGUGUGUUCACAAAAAUCCUAUAACAUCAUUAGUGGGUAUUCAUGGGCAACUGAAUUAUGUCACAUUGGAAUUUCUCUAAACUUCCCCCUUAAUCACACUUUUUUUACUCUGUUUACUUAUUUUAGUAUGGUAGUGUGGGAUGCAGCACUGCUUUAGUCUGAAGCUUGUAACGUAGUUGGGGACUCUUAAGAUCUUGACAUCAUCCUUUGGAACCAAUGCAUAAUUGUCGUUAACUUUUUUGUCUCUCAUCAUAGGAAAAAUAUAAAUAGUUAGCUUCUGUAGUCAGUUUGAUUUAUUCCCCUUUCCUUAUGGUCUACUCACCAAAAUUAUUAUGAUUUGAUUAACAAGGAACACUUUCUUCCCAAAUUGUGGCUUUUUUUUUUUGUUCCCAGAGCACGUCCCUUCUUUUUAAUUGUGUUUAGGUUGAAUACUAUUGCAGUUAAAACUGCCUCAGGCUUAAACAAUGAGUUUCCUUCCCAUCUGUUCCUUUGAUAGUAAUACAUUAGUAAAGCUUGUAUAUGACAAGAAUAAGAUAGAAACAAUAUAUAUCAUUAACAUUAUAUCAAUAAUUCUUAUUCUCAAAAAUUGUAUACUAUGGUACUAUAAUCUGAGUUCCAAGUUUUGGGCUAGACUACGAGUGGCGGACUAACUGUUGAGCGUGAGCAAUAAGGAGUACUUCUCAGCUCUUUUUGCACGUGUCGGAGGUAAGGUGUGUAAUACGUGUUGAAAGUAAAUGUGUUUGCUUGAGUGAAUUUGAAUUUAAUUGUGUUUGGUUAUGCGACAAUGCGAACCUGCCCUGCAAGGGCUUCGGAGCAGAUCUCGCUGCUUCGUGGAGCCCUUAGUGUUGGUAACUAAUACCAGUGGAUAUGUGAUAAAACAAUAAUAUAUAUAUAUAUAUAUAUAUAUAUAUAUAUAUAUAUAUAUAUAUAUAUAUAUAUACAUAUAUAUAUAUAUAUAUAUAUAUAUAUAGUUUUCUAUUCAAGAAGCACUUGUAAUGCUAUCAAAAUGCAAACAUUGUUAUGGGAUAAAAAUGUGUAUUAUUUAAUAUAGAUCUUGUGAAUGUUGCACACUAUGGUGCCAGAUUACAAGUGGUAUGCUAACAUUUGUGUGCAAGUAAUAAAGAGGUUUCACUUGUUGGGUUUACCGCAGAUAUUCCAAGUUGAAAGUAAAAGCAAUUACAAGUUAUACUAGAAUGAUUACCUCGUCCUCAGAGUUCUGGUUAACUGUUUUGCUUAAUUAAAAGUCUCACAAUGCACAUAAAAAUGACAUUACAAAGUACAGUUACAAAGUACAGGUACAGGUACACUCAUAAUAAUACGAACUAAUAAAAAGAAUUCUAAAAAUGUAUUUAUGAAUAAAUAGAACAUAUUCUUGUAUGUGAAGAACAUUGGAAUGUGAAAUAUUCAUAUUUUCAUGCCGGAUUAGCACACAUGAGAAUAUGUGAUCGAGGUUGAGGGCGAGUAGUUGUUUUUUUUCACUUUUUUGCUCCUUUGACUUCUACGACAGAAUAGGUGAACACCCAUGUGAUAUUCUAACUUCGUCUUUUUGAGCUUAUCGGUUUAGUGUGCAAGCGAAAACAGUUUAGUUUCAACUCAAGUGCAACCUGACAAGUGCAAAAAGCUUACUUCUAGCUCAGUUAAUGCUUUAGCGGUAGUGUUUAAUAGUGCUCCACUUAUAAUCUGGCCCUAUAUGUUGAAAGUACAAAUCAGUGGAGAAAGCCUCAUAAUGAUUUAGUGAUAAAAGUGGCACAUUUUCUUCCAAUAACCUUUCAAAGAUUGCAAUAGCAUUUUCUUUAGGUACAUUACUUUUUUUUUACUGAAAUGGAUUUGUGUUCAUGUGUGUAUGUGUACAUCUGAGUUUUUACCAGUGCAUAUAUAUGUGUAUGUAAAUAUUUGUGUCUGUGCAGGGUUUAACAGGUGUUUUAUGAUAAGAUUCCAUCAGAAUACAAUUUUACAAUCUCUGAAUAAAAUUAUUUAUUAUGGCAUACUAUACUCUGUUAUACAUAUUGGAUGUGAAUACAAUAAAAUAUUUUAUAAUAAAUUAGCAAAUAAAAAAAUAUUUUACAAUUGAGAUAUUUGAUAAA